AUGUUUGCCACCUUGAAUAUCGCCAUCAUCACGGGAAGGAUAAUUAUCACCUUCUUGCAGGAGUUGGCCAUCGUACGGGCAAUAAUCGUAGAACGAAAUUUGCAUGCCUACUAUAAGCUGCCUGCGAAACCCACGCAAUCUAUACCACAAGAGUACCACAUUCUUCAGUGUCCAUACCAAAAUACCACUACUAUACCAGCGCCGGAGAAUAUGGAGGUGUGUGUGAUUGUUAACAAUUAUAGAGAGGAAAUGAAAAACGCAACAACAAAGAGUCCUUUGCAUACAAAAAUAAAAUACCAAAUGUCGCGAAAAUAUAGAGGUAACCCUAAGAGGAUGACCAAAAGACUUAAGAUGCCGCCGUAUAUGAUAAUCGUCCGACCAGUACGAACACGGGCCGAAUCUAACUGCCCGUAUGCAAAACUCCAAAGACUAUCACAAUUCCCUUACUAUGCUGAACAUUUGAAAAUUGUGAAAAAAGACAAUAGUCGAGCAGUUGAGCAACAACGAGCAGCAUUGCAGAACCUGAAACCUCCAGACCAAAAAUUGGCUGGUACCCGAGAGAAUCAAAACAUUUUGGCAAAGGUAAUACCAAUUACUGAGAACAUAGAAGAAACGUUAGAAGGAAAGGACGAACAAUCAAAAGAAACAAAUAAAGCCAUAAAUCAAGGUGAAGCGGCUAUGGAAAGUGACGAGGCAGACGCGAAAUCAGAGUCUGAUGAAGAGUACGCCGAUUAUGACACAUAUAAAAAGACAAGUACAGAAGACAAAAUAAUAAUGCCAACAGACUCAGUUCUAAAGUAUCUUGGCACAAAAGAGGCCAUCGAAACGCUUAGCAAACAUUUUAGAGAUCGGGCAAUGGUGGGUAAGGUUCCUAAAGGAAACGUAGAAAAAUAUUUUGGCGAACACAAAGAUUAUAAACAAGGAGAGAAAGUACACGGCUUCCAAAACUAUUAUCAUCGAGAUGAAAUUUUCAAUGAUCAUAUUUUUUAUGAUGAUCUUCAGCAGCAGGGACAUUACUCUAAUCGUGGCCGCACUUGA